AUGAUGUUGGGAAGGAAAAGUCAUAAUACGAAGAUUAAAAGAGAAAUAAAUCACAAAAUGUCGAACCAAACUGUGCAAUUCCCCCGUUUGAAAAAUUCAAGUCUAGGUUUCAGGCCAGGCAGCCUUUUCCACUUCUUCAUAUGGAUGAUAAUCGACACACUGUUGAUGCUUCUAGUGACAACGACCAUGGUUGUAAUGGUGAACACAGUUGCCGGACUUUCUGAAUGGGUUAAAAAAUACAGCUGGCUGACAGUUCUCCUUAUACUAAUUGGAGCACUUCCAGUCCUGGUCCUCGCAUUGCUUAAACUACUCGGAUAUCACCGCGACAUUGAUCACUUUCUCAUAGUAUUCAGUUUCGUACUAUGUUCGAUGGGUUUUGCCACCAGUCGCCAUGGUGCUAGCUAUUUUCUUGACAGUGAAUAG